GAUGAUUCGGCUUGAGGAAGCAGUGAUGUCCAGUUAUUAGACUAAAAAGAAAAAGCAGACAUUAUCACCGGACAAAAAGGAAAGGAAGAAUCAUGAUUGAUUUGAGCUUCCUAACAGAAGAGGAACAAGAGUGCAUCCUGGCUGUCCUGAGAAGAGAUGCAGAGCUCAAACAGGCUGAAGAACGGCGCAUCGAAACGCUCCAGAAAACUGUGAGCGAUAAGAGUCAGCUGAAGUUCCUGACUGGAGAAUGGUUCUACGAGACCAAACAGCUUCGCCACCAGGACCGGAUCCAUGGUUCUGACAUCAUCAUGGCCUCCAUGGCAGACAGGCGGCAUCAGCCACUGACUAUAAUGAAGGCCUCCUAUGUGUUGGUGAAAAGCAGCAGCUUCACAAGCUGUGAAAGUACAGAGGAAAUCUUUCCUUCUGGGUUCCGUGGAUCACAGGAGGCUGAGCUCUGCACUGAUGGAUUCCAGAACACUGAGAAGAACAUUCAAGCUGGUCUAAGAUCUCCUCUGAAGAAGAGAGAAAACCCUUUUGAUGAUCAACACUCUCUAAAAAAGCAGGAUUGUCAGUUAGAGGAUGCAGAAAAGGAUCCAGGUCUGACACAGAGAGGCGAGACCAAAAUAUCAGCUGACAGCUUCAUCUCAACUGCUGCACAGAAUAAACAAAAGAUCAAGGAUUACACAAUCACAGAGGAUGCAUUUGUUUCAUUUCCUGUUCCUGAAAAAACCGGGUCAAAUAUGAAUUCUCAGGAUGGAUCACGUGGCAGAAGUUUUACUGAAAUGCACAUCAUCCUUCAGAACCUGUCUGCUUCCAGCUCCACGGUGGCUCCAUGUUCCUACCUGGACGCUCCGACUCCAGUCAGCCAGGAAACAGACAAGAAACAGGACAGUUUUGAGUCUGGUGGCCAAAGUGCCAUAAGAGACCUGCAGAAUCUUCAAGAACAGAGUAUGCUAGGAAUCCAACCUCUCACUUCUUCAGAGACAAAAAACACCAGCACUUUUAAGAUCAGUACAGUCACUGGCACACGCAGAUCCUGCCUACAGCAGAGUCAGGAGGACUCACAGGAAGGUGAACUCCCCUGCAAACAUGAUGCGAAUGUCCAGAAGCAUCACAUUUCCCAUCAUCAAAACCUUGGUGAUGUCUGUGAGCAGUGUUACUUUGAGUCGAUAAUCCCAGCAGCUUUCAGCUUUGUUUCUGCUUUGGAGGAGGUGGAGAAACGUCCCUUCCUCGCUAAAGCCAGGAGCAGUCCAGACGAACGCUCACCUGAGGACAGCUCAAAUGCCACCUCAGGCCUCAAACACAGCUCUGAAAGGUCACCUCAGGUUCCUCCCACAACGUAUGAAAGCAGACUCCACACACUGGAGCAGGAAGAGAUGGCCUGUACACCAGCAGAAGAUGAGAUUGAGAAGAAAUCUCACGAAGAAGAAGUACAGACAACUCCGAUCUCCCAAGUCAGGUCACUGCAGCUUGCUGUGCUGCAGAACCGUCCAUUCAAAGAAACACUGACAUUAUUAGAUGUGGAUAAUCAACAAGAGGGGUCGAAGAGCCAAGCUCAGGUCAUGAAGAGAAAAUCCAACUUGAAAGCUUCUUGGAUGACAGAAAAGACAAGUGUUGAUUUAUCCUCAACGGGACAGGAGGUGAAACACAAAACCAAGACCAAGAUUGUUCAUUUUUACAGCUUUCAUAAAAACCCCAAUGCGAAAAACAACAGCGUCUCACCUCAGAUUGGAAAUCAGGAGGACACAACAGGAAGACCCAUAGAAAAGGAUAUGCCAUCCCAGAUGGAGAAUGACACGAUGAAAGACGAUGAGACGUACAGAGCCAACCCAGUGUUCAUUUAUGAGGAUGACGCUCUGUUGGCAACAGAGUUAAAGAUUACUGAGCCAGAGGACAGCCAGGGCACGUCAGGACAUUUCAUGGACAAGAAACUCUCAUCUCCAGAAGAAGCUUUGAGCAGCUCCAUUUUCACGAACAACCCAGUUUUUUCAGAAGAUACAGUAACAUCUGGGGAGGAAGUGGAUCAAAACAAUACUAAAGAGCGUCCCCGUCCAGAUGGCUCACAAGUAAGCAGCUUCAGAUGUGGGGAAGUUCAAGAACGUGACGCCAAGGCUGACACUGAACAAUCCCCAAAUUUCAGUGAAUGGCAGAUUCCGAAAUCAAAAGACAAGUUUGAAAAAAUCAGAAAGAGUCCAAGUAAAACCUACCCCCCAAACGAUUUACCUCAAGAAUCCUCAUGUGCCAAGGAAUUUAGGCUGAGAGAGUCUCCAUUGAAAACCUUUCCAAUAGACAUCGUUCCCGAGGUGAAAGUUGCACAAGAGCCGCAGCAGAAGAUAAAGUCAGAGUCCAGACAGAUGGAGAGUUUCUCUCCUGUAAGAAAGCAGAGGGAGCUACCCAACACCAACACUGAUGAGGCUAUAAGUUUCUCCAGGUCAAAUAAAAUGAAGACCAGCUAUUCUCUUCCUCUUCAGCUGGAUCAGAGAGCCAAUGACAACACGUUUGAGACCAGCUUUGGACACAGGAGGAACACCAACAGCUCCAUCUCUGACAUGAGCUUCUCCUCAGAAAUGGACUCCAUGUCCCCUAUGAGCAGCAGCCUGAACAGCAUCUGCCCUGCAGACGUCAGAGACACUGAGGUCCAGGGCAGCAUACAGUUUGCACUGACCUACAUCCAGAAGCUCGGAGAGUUUCAGAUCUUUGUGGUGCUCUGUAGGGGUCUGGCUGUGGCGGACCCCAAGAAGAACCGUACCGAUCCAUAUGUGAAAUGCAGCCUUCUCCCUGACAAAACAAAGCUGGGCAAGAAAAAAACCUCAGUGAAGAAGAAGACACUAAGCCCAACCUACAAUGAAGUCCUAGGGUUUAAAAUCCCAAUGGAGGUGUUAAGAAUCCAGCAUUUGAACAUCACUGUGAGUCACAAAGACACGUUUGGGCGGAGCAGCUUCCUGGGCGAAGUGGACCUGGAUUUGUCUGUGUGGGACUUCAGCAACACUCAGAUUAACGAAUUUCCACUUAAAGCAAAGGUUCCAGUGCAGGUUUUAGCGGUAUCGAGCUCUACGAUGAACAGCAGAGGAGAAAUGAGAGUUGCUUUACGAUUCCUGCAGCAGCCCCCACAGAGCAGUGGAGCAGCACGAAUAGAGAUGGGUGAGGUCCAGAUUUGGGUGAAAGAUUGCAAGAAUCUUCUUCCAGUGAGAGGAUCCAUGAUUAACCCGUUUGUAAAGUGCACUGUGCUUCCUGACAUGAGCAGUAAAAGUCGACAGAAGACACGCGUGGUGAAGAGGACAGUCAACCCCAUGUUUAACCACACUAUGGUGUACGAAGGCUUCAGACUGGACGACCUCAGAGAGAUCUGUGUGGAAAUCACUGUGUGGGAUCAAGAUCACCUGAAGAACUACUACAUAGGUGGACUCAGGCUUGGGCUGGGGACAGGCAGAAGCUAUGAAGUCGACGUGGUUUGGAUGGACUCAACAGCACAUGAAGUCAACUUAUGGAACCGAAUGUUAAAAUCUAAUGCUGAAUGGGUGGAGGAGGUUCUGCCUUUGAGGUUGCUGGCAGGAGCAGCAAACAGUGUGUCAAAGUGAUGCAUGCUGGGAUUUCUGCUCAUGCUCAUGGGAAUGGGCUGACUUAACUGACGUGCAAAUCACAUCAACAAAUCACUUGACGCAAAAACAUUUUAAAGAUCACAACAACAAUUAAAAAAAC